UGACCGGCUGACCCCCCCCCCCCCCGAGUCGGCGUGAAUCUGACCGUGGGUGAAAGGGACGCCAGGGAGGUGGAGAGGGGAAGACGAUGAGUGGCGACGGCAGAUCAUGGGCGCUCAAGAUGGCCGCCUGCCUGCUCCUGGCCCUGGCGCUGUGUGGGCCGGCAGGCCGCGCCCACCGCCCGGACUUCCGCAGCUUCUCGCCCCCGGGCACCACCCUGGCCCACCUUGCAGUGCACCGGGAGACGGGCGACGUCUACCUGGGCGCCGUCAACCUGGUCUACAAGAUGGCCGCCAACCUGACGGAGCUGAGGCGUCACGUGACCGGGCCGGUGGAGGACAACGCCAGCUGCUACCCGCCGCCCAGCGUGCGGGCCUGCUCCCAGGGCCUGGCGCCGGCUCCCAACGUCAACAAGCUGCUGCUGCUGGACUACGCCGGGGGGCGGCUGGUGGCGUGCGGCAGCGCCUGGCAGGGGGUGUGCCAGCUGCUGCGGCUCUCCGACCUCUUCAAGAUGGCCGAGCCGCACCACCGCAAGGAGCACUACCUCUCCGGGGUCAGGGACCCCACCUCCACGGCCGGGGUGGCAGUGCCCAGGCCUGGGGACCCGGGCUCCAGCAGCCUCUUCAUCGGCACCUCCAUCGAGGGCAAGUCGGAGUACUUCCCCACCCUGUCCAGCCGGCUGCUGACCUCCGACCCCGAGGACGCCCGCAUGUUCGGCCUGGUCUACCAGGACGAGUUUGUCUCCUCGCAGUUGAAGAUCCCGUCGGACACGCUCUCCCGCUUCCCCGGCUUUGACAUCUACUACGUGCACGCCUUCACCAGCGAGCGCUUCGUCUACUUUGUCACACUGCAACUGGACACCGAGCUGAGCGCCCCCGCCGCGGCCGGCGGGAGCGGCGAACGCUUCUACGCCUCCAAGAUCGUCCGCCUCUGCGCCGACGACGCCAAGUUCUACUCCUACGUGGAGUUCACCCUGGCCUGCUCCCGGGACGGCCUGGAGUACGGCCUGGUGCAGGCCGCCAGCGUGGCUAGGCCCGGCCGCCGCCUGGCGCGGUCGCUGGGCCUCCCCGAGGGCGAGGAGGUCCUGUUCGCCGCCUUCGCCCAGGGCCAGAAGCGGCGUCGGGCUGAACAGCCCGGUGAGUCACUCCUCUGCCUCUUCCCGCUCCGCCACGUCAAGGAGAGGAUCAAGGCCCGGAUCCAGUCGUGUUACCACGGCAACGGCAAGCUCUCCCUCCCCUGGCUCCUCAACAAGGAGCUGGUGUGCAUCAACUCG